AUGGCCUCCAACAUGUCGUCCGACCUCAUCUGGGAGUGCACCCGCGGCCAGAGCGCCUUCCUCUGCAAGCGCAAAUCCGCCGGCGGCGUGCAGUUCUCGCGCGACCCGCUCAACCUCGUGAACAAGCACUCGCGGAAAUACGAUGGAUUCCUGAGCGACAAGGCAAUCGGCAUCAACUCGUCCGACAAAUCCAUCGUCCUGACCACCAAGAAAGCCGACAAGGCCAACAAGCCGGCCUCGCUGCUGCAGACCAGCAGCUUCAAGGCGACGACCCCGGCGCGCAACCUGUACCGCAGCAUCGUGAACAGCACGGUCAAGAAUGGAUACAGGGCCGAUCUGAGGGCCGAGGCGGUCUCGAGGGCCAGCGCGAUCAAGAGGAGUCAGAGGCCGGUUAGGGCGGAUCGGGUGACGAAGGCGAGGGGCGCCAAGGCGAGGAAGGAGAAGGAGGUGUCGUCGGAGUAA